UCGUACCAUUCAGCUCUCUCUCUUCAAGUUCUUAUUCAAACGUUAUAUUAUUGCACUUCGCUCUCAGUUUACUAUUUGGCUCGUACUCCCCUGCCAUUACCCUUUAACUAUAAACUCACCAUCCCAUCACAUUUUUUUAUCCAUCAAUUGCAUUAGCCCAGUCCUUCUCUUCAUCUGCUAUCCCUUGUUACUUCCAUUUUUUAUCUUUUCCCUCAGUUGGCAAUUGUUGGUUGAUUGAUCAUUCUGAAUCAACCCCCAUCUUGAUCUUUUUGAUAUCCGUUGUGCUGAAAUUGAGGUGGAAGUGUAGUAGGCCUUCGACAUAAUCAUAGAGAAAGAAAUUUUGAGAAAUGAUGCACAGGUGCAGUAGCUCUCAGGGAAACAUGGUGGGUCCAUGUUCAUGUGGCUUGUUUCAUAACCAAAGCAACUCCUUCUCGAUGCUAUUUUCCAUGCCAAACCACCACAAAUCUUUCGAUGAAACAGAUAUGUAUGCUUACACGUCCUCUUCUUCUUCUUCCGUUGAUUGCACUCUCUCCUUGGGGACCCCAUCUACUCGUCUCUGCGAAGACGAUGACAAGCGUAUCCGCCAUGACCGCCGCUCUGGUUCUUGCAUGUCUAACUUUUGCUGGGACUUGUUACAGAACAAGAACGCGCCUUAUUCACAGCAAACCCCAAAAGCCAGCCGUGGGAGCAGUGGAAAAAGCAGUAGCAGCUCAUGCAAUGAUCCUCUCCUAGCUCGCCGCUGUGCUAACUGUGACACCACUUCCACACCGCUUUGGAGGAACGGACCAAGAGGUCCAAAGUCACUUUGCAAUGCCUGUGGAAUUCGAUUCAAAAAAGAAGAAAGAAGAGCUACAGCAAAUGCGAACAACUCGGGUACAACAGGUUCAAUGCUGGAGCAGCAACACCAUGGGUACCACAACAAUUCAUGGGUUCAACACUCCCAGAACCAGAAAAUGCCAUGUUUCUCUCCUGUCAAUGAAUUCAGGUUCAUUGAAGAUAGUGAUCGAGAUUCUGAUACCGGCAUUCCCUUCCUUUCUUGGAGACUCAACGUCACAGACAGGCCAACAAGCCUUGUCCAUGACUUUACAAGAUGAAAGAACGAAAAAAGAAAGAAGAAAAAGGAAAGAAAACAACCCCACUGACGGUCAAGAUCAUGCAGCAAUGACUGAAACGUAUCACGAUGAUGAUGUUGAUGAAGAUGUGUUUGUGAUGGUGAUGUUGAUGGUUACAUGGUCUUCGUUUCGUCUCGUCAAAUUCUUUUUUAUUUUUUGAUUUGUGCUUUUUCAGUUUGUUUCCUUUGUCUCCGUCUUCCACAGAUGGAGUAAGAACGGGAUAAUUCUAUGUUCUUAGUUGCCUUCUUCUUCUUUUUUUUUUUUUUGGGUUUUGAAUUUUUUUUCCUUUUCCCACUUCUUUACCUUUUCUUUCUCUUUCAGUUCUUUUAUAUAAAACCCUUUCCGUUUGAGAGAGUUUCACUUUCACUUUCCCCUAGUUUGCCAGUUCCUCUCCCCCCACUACGUUUAAUGAUAUCAAAGUUCAUCAUCAUCAGCAUGAUUAUGAUGAGUUCAGCACCGUUAGAUUGAUUACUGAUUCCCCCUGAUGUAAUGUAAUAACAUAGGACGUCUUAGCUUACAUAUGCAAAUGGUACCCUUUUUCAUGUUAUAUGAACUGAAGUUCACUUUACCUGAGACUCUGGAGCUGCUGCCUGCUGCUGCUUCUUGUUGGUUCUUUUUCCAUUUCUCUGAAUUUCACAACUGAAAGAGAAAGUUAAGACAAAAGCAAAAAAAAAAAAAAAAGAGUGAAGAGGAGGUGUGAUUGUCAUUAGAAUUAUUACGUUUGA